AUGAUACUAGCCGUUGUGGCCGGUGUCUUAGCCUGGUUCCUGGGUUCAGGGGACCUUUCCUACCUUGAGAACUCAAUGAAAGUCAACUUACAACGAUCCUAUAAGGGGAAUGAAGCGACCGACCCAGUCAGCUUGGCCUGGAAUUAUAUAUUUUUCUCUCUCGGUUGCUGUGGAGCCACGGGUUACAUGGACUUGAACACCAUGGACCAAUGGAACAGAACAGUAGUUAUAGGAUCACAUCACAACAUCACCCUACAGACCACUACACCAUUGUUUUGCUGUAAAGGUCUUAAAAAUUUUUCCUAUCCGGAACCACCUAAUGGCGACAACAUCUGGCGCUGCGCGACAAAUCCAGACGAGGAAAACUCAAACUCCCUCACGGGAUGUGCAACAGAGCUCAGUCAAAAAAUAAAAGAUUUUUCAGCGACGCUUUUUGUCCUGGGAGGCAUCUACACACUAGUAAUGUUGUGUUGUGCCGUUUCAUCUAUACUCCUGUUCAUAGUUAUGGGCCGAAACACGCGCGAGGAUAUAGACCCGGGUGGCUGUACAGAAACGUAG